CGCUGGUGGCCGAGGGCUGCAUACUUGAGCGGGAAGGAGGGUCGUGGGCAGGGGAGCUGUGCCAGUGCGCACACACGUCCGCACGGCCCAAAGAGCUAGAACGAGGGAGACGGCUAAAAACCGUCUGUGCUUGCCAGCAGGCAUUCCUAGAACCUAUUUACUUGUGCCGUCAGUGAGGACGGCACCGCCGAGCAGCCUGGGCAUAAGACGUUGUGUGCAAGAUGAUGGCUGGGAGAAAAUGCAAGUAUUCCGCACCCCAGCGCUGCUUUCUCCGCUAACACGGUUCCCGAGCGUUAGCGAGGAGACGCAGGGCUCCCCUCUGCUGUGGACAGCAGCAGCACCACUGGGUUCCCAGACUGGCACAGCAGGGCCUGCGCUGGCCGGAAACACCCACCAGCCCUUUCCAGCGAGCCUCGUGCCAGAAGCAGUGUGCCUUGUCUGGCUGCAGCAACUGCAGGCGAACUGCUCCCCUGAAGAGCUGCGUUCCCCCGGAGCGAUGCCAGCUCUCCUCCCUGGGCAGAAGAGAGUGUUAAACUCCACCUCCUCGUCCUCGGCCGCCCCUCUGUGGGGGAACUCUGACCGCUUCCCCGGCUCCCAGAAUACAUAAGGACUUGUGAGGCCGAUCUUCUUGCAGGUGAACUUCUGGACUCGUCCCACAUGCCUGGCUGCUCGUGACUUGGGCCAACUGUACAGUCAGCAGCUUUUCUUGAAGCGGCACUUUGGCCAGCAAACAGGAGCCGACGGCGUGAGCAGCCGCCAUGCGCGUGGCCGUGAUUGGGGCCGGAGUGAUGGGACUGUCCACGGCCCUCUGCAUCCAUGACCGGUACUCCUCGGGGGACCGGCCGCUGGAGAUCGAGAUCUACGCCGACACAUUCACACCCCACACCACCAGCGACGGGGCAGCGGGACUCUGGCAGCCGUACCUGUACGACAAGGGGAAGGUUGAAGAGACGCUCUGGAACAAAGAGACUCUUGAUUAUCUGCUCCAACACGUACAUUCGCCGGAAGCCAAGGAGAUGGGCUUGUUUCUGAUCUCUGGAUACAAUCUCUUCACUCAGCCAGUUCCAGAGCCAUCAUGGAAGGACAUGGUCUUAGGGUUUAGGCACCUGUCGGAGAAAGAACUGCAGCUAUUUCCAGGCUACAGCUAUGGCUGGUUCAACACAGCAGUGAUGCUGGAGGGGAAAAGCUAUUUGCCUUGGCUGACAAACAGGCUGAAGCUACGGGGAGUCAAGUUCUUUCAUCGAAAGAUCGAGUCCUUCCAGGAGCUGGUGGCUCAAGGUGUGGAUGUCAUCGUCAACUGCACCGGGAUCCGUGCAGGGGAGCUGCAGCCUGACCCUGAGCUGCUCCCCGGCCGGGGACAGAUCAUCAAGGUCGAUGCUCCCUGGGUGAAGCAUUUCGUCAUCACUCACAAUAUUGCGGCUGGAAUCUAUAAGACACCUUACAUCAUACCUGGGAGCACUGCCGUGACUUUGGGGGGCAUAUUUCAGCUGGGCAACUGGAGCGAAGAGAACAGCCCCCAGGACCAUGAGCAGAUCUGGCGCGGUUGCUGCCACUUGCUGCCGAGUCUCCAGAAAGCCAAGAUCAUUGGCGAGUGGACUGGUUUCCGUCCAGUACGACCCCAAGUUCGGCUCGAACGCGAGACUGUUCGCCAUGGAUCAUUACAAGCGGAGGUGAUUCACAACUACGGCCAUGGUGGCUUUGGACUCACCAUCCACUGGGGUUGUGCAAUGGAGGCGACCAGAUUAUUUGGGAAGGUCCUAGAAGGCCAGAAGUUGGUCAAACCACCCCGUGCCAAACUCUGAGCCAGUGGCAGCAGUUCAGGAUUGCCCUUCCUGGAGUUUUCCUUCUUCCUGCUGCACUGCAUCCAUCACAGCUCCCCGAGUGUCCUGCUUCCCCUUUGCCACCAUCUCUUUUAGUUUUUGUGUCGUGUCUUUUUAGAUUGUAAGCCCGAGGGCAAGAACUUCCUUGUGUUUAUUUACCUGUAAGCUGCUCUGGGGAUCUUUCCAACUGAAGAGCAAAGUAGAAAUGCUUUAAAUGCUGAGAGCUAGGGUAAUAUAGCAGUUCGAGUACUGGGAUUCAGGAGAUCUGGGUUCUAGUCCCCACUCAGCCGUGAAGCUCACUAGAUAACGUCCGGUCAGUCCAAGGCUCUUGCGACUAACCUACCUCACAGAAUUCUUGUGAGGAUAAAAUAGAGAGGAGGAGGACUUGGGUUCCUUGGAAGAGAAAAAGGUGGUGCGUACAUGCAAUGUGACAAACCCAACGAGUAAAUAAACAAACUCAGAGUGGAUCAAA